AUGAACAUCGAUACACCGGAGCUGCUCCUCAGAGAGAAAAAAGCUCAGAAACCCCGAGAAAACUUAGAAACGAUUGAACUUACAGAGGGAUCCGAGAUGUGUGUAAAGCUGGGGGUAGAUUGGCCAAACGAGCACCGGAAAGCUAUCAUAGCUCGGAUAAAACAGUAUGUGGAGGAGUUUACCAACAAGCCAGAGGAUAUUGGAGGGGUAGACCCGAAGAUAAUCUCGCACAAGUUAAACGUGGAUGCCAAAUGCAAGCCUGUCAAGCAAAAGAAAAGAACUUUCUCUCUGGAGAAACAGAUGGCUAUCCGAGAUGAAGUGGAGAAGCUCUUGAAAGCCGGGUUCAUCAGAAAAGUGGACUACCCUGAAUGGCUGGCUAAUGUAGUCCUGAUCAAGAAGUCCAACGAUCAACUGGGCAAGAACGUCGAGGUUUAUGUAGAUGACAUAGUCGUAAAAUCCAAGGGGAUCGAGGAUCAUGCAGAAGAUCUGGCAGAAACUUUUGAAAAGCUAAAGGGUUUUAACCUCAAGCUGAACCCGGAAAAGUGCGUUUUCGCAGUCCGCUCGGGGAAAUUUCUAGGGCACCUCAUCUCGGAGAAAGGCAUCGAGGCGAACCCGGAGAAAAUCGAGGCAGUAAUGAACAUGAAAGCACCUAGCUCGGUGAAAGAAAAUACAAAGAAUUUCAAGUGGACGGAGGAGUGUAACACAGCUUUUGAAGAACUGAAGGUUUACCUCAGCACACCCCCGGUGCUAGGUAGACCUGAGCCUGGGGAAAUCUUAUAUUUGUAUCUCUCGGUGAAUGACGAGACAGCAGCGGCAGUCCUGGUGAAGGAAGAUAAGGGUCUGCAAACCCCAGUUUACUAUCUCAGCAGAGUCUUGAAAGGCCCGGAGGCGCUGCAGAGGCCAGAGAUGUCGGGACGGCUGGUCAGCUGGUCGGUCCAGCUGGGAGGAUAUGACAUCCGGUAUGAACCGAGACCGGCUCUGAAAGCACAAGUAUUGGCAAAUUUCAUAGCCGAGACCACAGCAAGCGACCAACCUGAGGAACCCGACGAACAACUUCUACGGUGGGUCUUAGAAGUCGACGGGGCAUCAAAUCUGGAGGGAUCUGGGGCAGGCGUAGUCUUGAAAGGUCCUCACGGAGUCACACUCCGAAGCUCGGUAAAAUUCUAUUUCCCGGCAUCCAACAAUGCCGCGGAAUAUGAGGCUCUGUUGAUCGGAUUAAGAAUGGAGCUCGGAGGAAAAUGGGUGAUAGAGCAAGUUCCUCGUUUGGAAAAUCAAGAGGCUGAUGUACUAGCCAAAGCAGCAACACCUUUGGAAAAUUGGAUGCAAGGUAUAGCCCACUACCUGAUGGAUGGAACUCUGCCAGAAAACAGAGAUAAAGCCUACAAAAUCUUGCGACAAGCUCCGUACUACGCGUUCCUCGACGGAGUCUUGUACAGAAAGUCAUUCACCCACCCGUGGUCGAGAUGCUUGACAACAGAAGAAGGGGAGUAUGUGUUGAGAGAAAUACAUGAAGGUAUUUGUGGGGCACACAUAGCUCCUCGCAUGUUAGCAAAGAAAGCAGUGUUGCAGGGCUACUACUGGCCCCUAAUGGUCAGGCAAGCAGAGGAGAUAAAAAAGUUCUUGAUAAUGGCAGUAGAUCACUUCACAAAGUGGAUCGAGGUAGAGGCAGUGAGCACCAUCACAGAAGCUCGGAUCCGGGAUUUCUUCUGGAGGCAAAUUGUGUGUCGUUUCGGUAUACCCAGAGCGUUGGUAACUGAUAACGGAAAGCAGUUCAACUGCCGAGCCUUCAAAGAAUUUUGCAACGACUUGCAUAUUGACUUGCGUUUCACUUCGGUAGUUCACCCGCAAAGCAAUGGGAUGACCGAAGUAACCAACCGGACGAUCCUAAAAGGGCUCAAGGCCAGGCUAGGGGAGUUCGAUAGACAGUGGCUGGAAGAGCUACCGAAGUUCUUUGAUGAGGCUAAGAACGAAGAAGAACAGAAGUUAUGCCUAGACCUGCUGGAAGAACGAAGAGAGCAGGCAGCGCUGAGAAUUGAAGCAUACAAACAAAGAAUGGCUAAGUAUCAUAACAAGAGAGUUAAACCCCUGAGUUUCCAAGUUGGCGAUCUGGUCCUGAGGCGGGCAGACAUUGCUAAGGGAAACGCUGGAGUGGGAAAGCUCGAACCCAAUUGGGAAGGCCCCUAUCGAGUCACUGAGAGACAACAGGUUACCCACGCCGAAUAA